CCUAUCAUUUGUUAUCAAAGCUUGUUGUUUCAACAUCUCUAAGGACCAAGAACACUCUUCCCCUUUUUCCUCUUUCUUUUUUCCUUUUUCGGCCAUCUCUCUUUCCCUACUACACUCAACACUUUUCACCAUGAUAAACCAAUCUCAAACCAUGUCCAAUGAAGAGCUCCAAGCCUCUAAUGCAGCCCUCAAGGCUCAAGUUGAGUACCUAGCCAAGCAAGUGGCUCAACUUACGAAGAUGAAGAUGAAGAUGCUUGAGACACCCGAAGAGAGUGACGAAGAGCUAGAUGUGGAAGCUCAAGAUGUUGGAAACUCUAGCAACAACACUAGUGGUAGCUCUUGUGACAAGGGAGCUAGUGACUUCAAGGUUGACAUUCUGACCUUCGAAGGAAAGAACGAUCCCGAUGAAUUCCUAAAAUGGCUAGAGACCGUAGAACGUGUCUUCGACUUCAAGGAUGUCCCCGAAGAAAAGAAGGUAAAAUUGGUUGCUUUGAAGCUACGAAAGUAUGCUUCGACUUGGUGGUCGAACUUGACCUCCAAAAGAAGACGCGAAGGAAAGGCACCCGUGAAGACUAGGCUAAGAUGAGGAGCCUAAUGCAGAAGAAGUUCUUCCCGGACCGGUAUGUUCAAGAAAACUUUUCUAGGCUUCAAAGCCUAAGGCAAGGGACCCGUUCAGUGGAAAAUUACACCCGAGAGUUCGAAGAACUUUUGAUGAGAUGUGACCUUCAAGAAGAUGAUUCUCAAACCCUAGUCUGAUAUCUUUUCGGGCUGAACACCAACAUUGCCAACAUUGUGGAGCUCCAACCAUACCAAACCCUAGAAGAAAUAACUAAACUUGUUGUUA